GCCCGGGGUUCCCGCCCCCAGCCGCGCUCGCGCGUGCGCACGGGGCUUGGGCGUCGCCACGCGGGGCUCCCGCCAUAGCAACCGCUUCCUCCUCCUCCGGGCACGGCGGCCGUGACGUCGGCAGCGCUUCCGCCCGGCUCGCGCCCUCGCAGCUUCUCUUCCUGCCGGCCGAGCCCGCGCCGCGCCCAGACAGCCGAGCGAGCCGCCGCUGCCGCACCGCGCUCCGCCGCCCGCCCGCCGCGCCCCGCCGACGCCAUGGCCUCCGGAGUACAAGUGGCCGAUGAGGUGUGCCGUAUCUUCUACGACAUGAAAGUGCGGAAGUGCUCCACGCCGGAGGAAAUCAAGAAGAGGAAGAAGGCUGUCAUCUUCUGCCUCAGUCCAGACAAAAAGUGCAUUAUUGUGGAGGAAGGCAAAGAGAUUCUGGUGGGAGAUGUUGGAGUGACAGUCACCGACCCUUUCAAGCACUUUGUGCAGAUGCUUCCGGAGAAGGAUUGCCGCUAUGCCUUGUAUGAUGCAAGCUUUGAGACCAAGGAAUCCAAAAAAGAAGAGCUGAUGUUUUUCUUGUGGGCACCAGAACAAGCACCUCUCAAAAGUAAGAUGAUCUAUGCGAGCUCCAAGGAUGCAAUCAAAAAGAAGUUUCAAGGCAUAAAGCAUGAAUGCCAAGCAAAUGGGCCAGAGGACCUGAACCGAGCUUGCAUUGCUGAGAAGCUAGGAGGCUCCCUAGUCGUAGCUUUUGAAGGAAGUCCUGUGUAGAUGUCAUACAGUGCCACAACUCUACAAGCAUUCCAUGUUUUAAUAGAUCAGUUAUAUAAAGCAAACAUUCUAGGCAAGGGUUUCACUAACAGUAGGGAAGCUGUCUUGUAGAAUAAAGUAGAUUUUGGAGAUGUAGCUUGUAUGUACAAAUGACCCUAAAUAAAUGAAAUUAAGGAUUUAUCUUGGUGUAUUAAUAUUUGCAUUGAUUGUCCAGCCCAGUACUAUCCCCAAUGGAUUAACACUAAAGGUCUCCAAAAAUUUGAGCAGUGUAUCAUGAAAGUGUAUCAUGAAAGGUGAGAACAAUCUGGUUCCUGUUCUUGCUUUUCUAAAUGCUAACAAGCGAAAUUCAAAAACUUACCCCUGUAACCAUUUAAGACAAAACUUAAAACCUGUAGUUUAACUUCAGCUAAAGCAACCUGUUAUCCCAAAACUGGGUUAAAUUCUUAGUGCUUGCAGUUGCAGAGCUGUAUUAAAAAAGCCUAAUUAUGAAGCUAGACAUAAAACAGACACACUUUUUCUGGAGAAAUAGUCCUAAUCCGCUCUCCUGUAAACUCACGGUGCAGUAAUAAUAUUUAAAGGUUCACUUGUUCUGUAGGUUCAAUUUUCUUGUUAUGAAGUGUCUUGAGAUCUCUUUCCUCCUGAGUAAUUCUAUAGAAAUUGCUUUUUCUGUUGACAUAGUUUAAUUUAGACCUACCUUUCUCUAAUAUAUACUUACUAAUGGAUCAGUUGCUUCUGAGGCUCUUAUAAACGCAGAUUCUUAUAUCAGAGCUCUCCAGUUAUGGGCAGUAAAAUGAAAAGGAACCACAAUUGAAAAAAUGGCAUUUUCAGCCCCAGUCUUUGGUCUCUUGGUCCAUUUGUCCAUAAUUACUAUUGAUUUAACUUAGUAGAACCAAUCAGCCUGACUAAUACGGCUUGAUCUGGGCUUUUUGUCUGUUAGCUUCUUUAAUUCUGUAGAAAUGCAUGGAAAUAUCACCUACUAGAAAGUUUGACCUGAAAUGCCUUUUGUAUGGGGGGUAGAGAACAUUCCUGUGCCAGCUACAGAGAUCUUAAAAGCUUCCAUGUUUCAUCAGUGGUUGAUUAAAGCUGUUUCCUUUGUGUAAUGUGUACAUGGGAGUUGCAUAGAGUUUUCUUGUAUGUCUGUAGAGAAAAAGAAAAAAAAAAAAAACAACAAAACCCUUAGCCUCCAGUGCUGUGAUAUGUUCUGUGUGUGCCAAAUUUGAACAGCCUAAAUAAAUGGGCUUUCCCUCCCCUGG